UGAAAAGGAAUAAAAAUAAACAAUAUACAAAAUGUGAAUACACUUAAUAAAUGAAGACUUACACUCAAUGCAAUGAUUUGCCGGCGGUUGUGUGAAAUUCUAUUGUAAAAAUAUGAGUACAUUCUUACAACUUGAAUCACUGAAGUGAAAAUGUAAUGAUAUCAAUUAGCCAACGACAAGUCUAACCGCCACAACCGAAACCAAAAUAAACACAUAAGUGAUCAUAGAUUAACCACCGAGCGACAGCAGCUAAAAUGACUUCCAACUCACCGCCACCGCAAAGCGGCGGUCUACGACCGCUGAGCGCUGCCGAUAGUGCGACAACUUCCUCGCCAUUUCGUUCGCUACUCUCAAGUCCAAUGUUGUCACGACAGCGUGCCAACAUCGCAGCACGCACUUCAUCGACCUCAUCGGUUUCAUCGCCCGCGUCUCCGCAGCCACCGCCACCACGACCCGCUUCCGUGUUGCCAAGCUUUCUUGGCAGUCCGCUCACACCGCCGCCACAGUCAGCGUCAACACACUCGACCGCAGCCGGCGGAGAACAAGGCGAUGAAAGUCUUACGACGCGCGAGCACGAGUCCAAAGCAGCGCGCUGUAGUCCACUGUUGCGUGAUGAGUCGCCAAUACCACCCGCUUCCUCUACCACGACGCACACACCUACGCCUGGUGGUGAGAACAUUGGCGCACGUGCCACAUCACCCAAUGGCACCAGUGGUAUUGGGGCGGCACAAGCCAUCUCGCCGCAUUCCUCGACCGGCUCCACCACCACUGUGCCGCAACAGUUUUGUUUGCGUUGGAACAACUACCAAAGCAAUUUGACGAGCGUCUUCGAUCAGCUCUUGCAAACCGAAUCGUUUGUCGAUGUGACCUUGGCCUGUGAUGGACGUUCGAUUAAGGCACACAAAAUGAUACUCUCCGCGUGCUCACCCUAUUUUCAGAUGUUGUUUUCAGACACACCCUGUCAGCAUCCCAUUGUUAUUAUGCGCGAUGUCAACUGGUCCGACUUAAAGGCGAUCGUGGAAUUCAUGUAUCGCGGUGAGAUCAAUGUUAGUCAAGAUCAGAUUGGUCCACUUUUGCGUAUUGCAGAAAUGCUGAAGGUACGUGGGCUGGCGGAUGUCAGCGCGGGCAGUGUGUCCGCGGAAGAAGCGGCGGCGGAGCGUUUACUGAAAGAACUGCAUUCUCCCUCCAAGUCAUGUUCACCGAAAAGAGGCGGAGAUAGCGGGUCUCCUGCUUCAAAGCGUGAACGUAAGGAUUAUAGUGAUCCGAUUGCAGAAACAGAAGAGCCGUUGGCUUUUCUGGACGCUGAGAAGAAGUUGCGUUUAGGUCGCGCUGACUGGGAUUUCAGUACGGCAACCAGUGGCAGCAGCACCAGCGGCGAUAUUCUCGGCGCCAGCAGCAAUCUUGAGUUGCGUCUUUCACCUCUGCUGUUACCACAACAACAGCAGCAUCAAAGUUCGCAACAGCAACUACAACAACAGCAAUCUCGUCAUGUACGUAAGCGCCGUUGGCCAUCAGCUGACAUGAUCUUCAAUCCGCCACCAAGUCCCUUAAGUGGACUCAUUGCAGCCGAACGAGCUGAACGCGAACGGGAGCGUGAACGGGAGCGAGAGCGGGAACGAGAACGCGAGCGAGAACGUGAUCGUGAUUGUACAAUAAUCACACCGCCUCAAACCACAUCGGCUGCUGGCGCCGCUCCCUCCAGCACAACACAGUCAAGCGCGCGUAGUACAUCGCGUCUAACACCUUCAUUACUCGAGACUGCUGCGCACUUAGACCUGCCCUCACCAUCUACAACGCCAGCACCAUCUCUCUUGCGUCCAAUGCGCACACCGCCCGGUGUAGCUACCCAUCUAACGCACCACCAACAACAACAACAGCAGCAGCAGCAGCAACAGUCACAUCUUCCCGGACAAGCGCAGUCACAACAAUCGCAUCUUCUGCAUCCGCAUCGCGCAUCGCCUGCCUCAGCGGCGGCAACACCUACACACCCGUCCAGCUUGAUCAGUGGCCAGCUAACAGCCACACCCGUGGGUAGUAGCGGUGUGAGCGGCCGUUCAGAGCAGGGUGCUGGCGCUAGUGACUCGCGGUUCGCGCUGGGCUCUCAAGCGGCUGCGAUGGCGGCCGCUGUAGCCGCACAGAUGGACUUAGGAGCGAUGGGUAUGCCACACGGUAGUGGUCCACCGCCGACGCAUGCGCCGCAUCAUCACACCUCCUCACUGGCCGAUGAUCUGGAAAUAAAACCGGGUAUUGCGGAAAUGAUACGCGAGGAAGAGCGGGCCAAAAUGCUGGAGAAUUCACAUGCUUGGAUGGGCCCAUCAAGCUCUUCAACAAUUGCAGCAGACAGCUAUCAAUAUCAAUUGCAAUCCAUGUGGCAGAAAUGUUGGAACACAAAUCAAAGUCUCAUGCAUCACCUGCGCUUCCGCGAACGAGGCCCACUCAAAUCGUGGCGUCCCGAAACAAUGGCCGAGGCAAUUUUUAGCGUACUCAAGGAGGGACUCUCAUUAUCGCAGGCGGCACGCAAAUACGAUAUACCCUAUCCAACAUUCGUAUUGUAUGCGAAUCGUGUGCAUAAUAUGCUUGGCCCUUCCAUUGACGGGGGACCUGAUCUGCGCCCAAAGGGUCGUGGUCGUCCGCAACGCAUAUUGCUGGGCAUUUGGCCGGAUGAACACAUUAAGGGUGUCAUUAAGACAGUUGUCUUCCGCGACGCAAAAGAUCUCAAGGAUGAUAGUAUAGUGCCACAUUUACCCUAUGGUCGGCACUCGCCCAUGUUUCCAUUUCAGGACGGUCCUCUCAACUACCCGGGCAUGAGUGGUCCCUGCCCGAAUGGUGUGCCCACACCCACCGGUGAUCAGAUGUCGCAAGAGGCGACCGCUGCCGCUGUGGCUGCUGUGGCGCACAAUAUACGCCAGCAAAUGCAAUUGGCCGCAGCCGUACAACAUCAACAUCCGUCGGAGGGUCCUUCGGGCCCAGGUCUAUUUAAUAUACCUCCGCAUUUGCAACCACAUUUGGCCGCCGCAGCAUCAGCUGGAUCUGGUGGCGCCGCGCCUGGUGUGCAUGGCUCCGUACCGCUACCAAAGACGAGCAUAUCUCCUGCGUUGAGUACCACAUCGAACCCCGGCGCGGGCACAAUGCUUGGACCGCGGCAUGCACCAUCGCCCUGUGGUCCUGGCUUACCAGGUCUUCCGCCGAACUUACCACCCAGCAUGGCCAUGGCAUUACAUAUGGGUCGUUGCGAUCCAACCGGUGUGCUCAGCCAGCAGCAGCAGUUGCAACACCUACAUAUGCAACAGCAGCAAGCAUUACAGCAACAGCAACAACAGCAACAUCAUCAGCAACAACAACAACAUGGCUACGGUUACGGUGUUAGUUCCAUGCCGCAUCAUGGCGCAGCCUCAGCUUCAACAGCAACGUCAGCUUCCAGUCAACAUUACCAACAACACCAACAUCAGCACCAGCAUCCACAGUCACAGCAGUCACAAGCUCAACAGCAACAGUUGCAUCAGCAGCAACAACAACACCAACAUCAGCAACACCAUCAAUCAUCGUUGGUUAGCGCGACUGCGACAAAAGCGAAAUGUCCUUCCCCCACAUCCCUACUCGAACAUCGUCGCGGCAGUCCAAGCGGUGAUUCACACCUACACUCCACACUUACCGAGCUAGGCUUGGAUAUGGGCUAUAAGACAACGCGUAGCAGCGCUUACUCGCCCACACGUCUCUUCUCCGAAGACUUGGCGGCUCUGGUGGGCGCCAGCGAAGACUCACCUCCGGGCACCACGGCGCCCUCUACCAAUGUUAGCAGUACCAGCACGGUGACGACGUCCGCAACGUCUGGCAGUCACCCGGACGUUAGCAUUACCUCGAGUGCAACGAGCGGUAAUAUAAGUUCCAGUAAUAUAAAAAUCGAACCCAUCACGACCAGUAGCGAAUAAAUUAUUGUCUUUCCUAAUUAAGAUGUUCUUAGGUUCAUUCGAAGUACUUUAUUUUUACUUGCAGUUUGGAGGCAUAAUUUUUGUGGGUAUAAAAUUUCAUUUCUCUGUUAUUGUAUUAAACAAUUUACGGAGAUACGAAAGUUCUUGCAGCAGGGUACAAUAUUUAACUCUAUUAAUUAUGAACUUUAACCUUUUCUUUGAAUCCGACAUAGUUUGGACUCCGGGUUUCAAAUCUUUAUUCAAAUUAUUAACACCUGUUAUGAGGUACAAGACAUUUUUUUGACUCGCGCUAAGUUUUUACAGUCGAGCAAAGUCCAAAACUUGUAGCGUUGGUUGAUAAUAAAGUAGGGGUCUUGUAAUUCAUCAAUUACAAUCUAAGGUUACACCUUUUAAUUUCUUCAAACUUGAUUGACUCCUGAAGUAUACAACAAAAAGGGAUAAUAAACUCCUAUAAUAUGUCUUCAGAAGAGGGAUUCCGUGUCUGACAGAUUUUUUCACUUUUUUGUAUUAUAUCCGGUUCCUUGGUAGAGUAAUUAACCUCAAAAACUGUGCCUCCAGACAUAAGUUUUUGAAGAGAAAUAUAUUUUUUCAAAAGUCCAGAGAAGGAUAUACGAAUUGUCACCAAAACCACAAGAGAGAUUUCGUUCAAAUUCAAGUUUUUAAUUUUGAAAAUCAUUAGCGAUAGAAACACUUAUAAAAUAUUUAUGGAAAUGUAUUAUUUUUUAUUUAAGAAAAUAUAUAAUUCUAUACUAAGUAAGAGUAUGCUUCCUAAGUAAGAAAUACAAGUAAUAAUAAAUAAAUAUGUCACAUAUAAAAUGUAAGAACAAAAAAAAUAACAAAAA